CAAUUUGGCUGGAAGGCGUGCCACAGUAGUGGCCGAAAGAUAAUUGAAACAAGACGCCAACGACAACGGCAACGGCAACAGAACCAAAGAGGGAAGACCAGAGCCAGGCCGAAAUACAAAAUUGGAAGAAAGGCAAAUGGGUUGUCGUCGUGCAUUUGAUAUGUGCGGGUAUACUACUUGUGGGUAUAUCAAAAAUCCAAAUCGAUUGCCAGCGAAGUUAGUUUAGUUAGGCGUCUCUCUGAUAAGAUACGAAACCUGAACCGAACCAUUACCAGAAGAAGACGGGCGGGCCAGUCAGCCAGCCAACACAAAUAGCACACACACUGUGCUGGAGCAACUGGCCGUGAUUACACAAUAUAUCUAUAGUCACCAUGAGCACCAUCAGCAGUGAGCAAAAAAUUGCAUCUGUGGCCAGCAAUGGACUAGAGGCGACAACUCCUAUAGCCGGCGGCGACUCCUCCAGCUGUUAUAAUGGCGAGGAGCUAAAGAUUCUUGGCCAGCUAAAGACCAUCGAGCAGAUCAACGAACAGCGCCGCAUCUUUCUGAACAGUACUAUUAGUGAGGAGACCACAUCUUCAGAGAAGAAAGACUCCAAAGACGAGGACAGCCAGCAGACGAAGGAGCAGGAACUGGAGAAGCCAGAAGUCGAAAUGGAAGCGGAAACGAGCAAGCCUCAGCCUCCGAACAGUCUCGUACUGAACGUAAAAUAUGCCACGCUACCCAGCCCCAAUGUGGUUACGCUACGUUCGCCAAUGUCUCCGCCUCCAAAGCCACCCAUGCUGAGUCGCACCAGAAGCAUUGGCUUCGGGGAUGGGCACAGCCCGGUGACCAAUGGAUCCGCCGAGGCCUCGCUGUUGCGUCAAAGUCUAACAGAGACGGCAAUCAGCGAAGCAGCGGCGCCAGUCGGCACGACAAAUGGAGGAGCAGCAGCAGCUGCAACAACAACAGCAGAACCACCACCGACCGUGUCCGCUCGUCACUAUGAGGGUCUCAUCGAGGAGUUGCGCUGUCCGGGCUGUGCCGGCGCCAUGAAGGCUCCCAUUUUGCUGUGCAAGAGCGGCCACAGUGUCUGCGAGCAGUGCACCCGCAUUCUGCUCAUGUGCCCACUGUGCAAGGAAUCAUUCACCAAUUCACGCUCCCUGACCGUCGAGGCUCUGUGUGCCAAGGCCCACUUCGGAUGCAGCCAUGCGGCCGGUGGCUGCCAGGUGCGUAUGCCGGUGGCCCUAUUGCCCUGGCAUGAGCAGCAGUGCAUCUACAAGCCAAUGAAGUGCUUCAUGGGUCGGGUGUGGGGCGAGUGCAAGUGGCAGGGCAGGGAGGUGCAGUGGAAGGAGCAUCUCGAGGAGCAGCAUGCCGAAAAGCUGUUCCGCUCGAGCACCUCGGAUCUGGUGUGGAACAUGGCUGUGCGACGUAAGCCCCUCACGGGCUACUAUGUCUUCCAGGCACACGACGAGAUGUUCAACUUCUACGAGAUCUACGACAAGCAGCGCAUCCUCUUCACCAUGACCUGUACGUCGAAUCGGCGCGAGAGCAAGUAUAACUAUGCCUAUGAGGUGACCCUGCUCCAGCCGGACAACGAGGCCCUCUCCAUGACCCAGAAGUUCCCCGUCCACAGCGAGUACGAUCGCGAUAUACUAAUGGACGGCACAUGCGUGAGCAUUCCCCUAAACGAGCUGUCGCGUUUCGUGGACCCCGAAAAGCAGGUGCUGCACUAUCGGGUGAGCGUGCUGGCGGUUAAGUCCCCGCGCCGGGCUAAGCCACCGCGCCAGAGCCUACCCGUCCCCAUCGACUAUGAGCAGACGAAGAAUGCGGGUGUGAAUGGCAAGAGUGUGCCGCCUAACAUGAUCAUUACGCGCACAUAUAAGGAGGGCAUGGGCGAGGUGGAGGUGGAGCCCACAGCCGCCGCCGGCACACCCGAUUCGGAGAACGAUCCCAACGCGAACAAUGGACUGGAGCUGGAGCGCAAGUGGGGCACCCCUCAGCUGCACUUCAAUCGGAAGUAUCUGAGAAAUACCCUGAAUGACGCUGGAGGCCAGCAGGAGGAUGAAUUGCGUCCCCUGGCCGGCGAUCGGCGUGGUCUGGGCGAUGACAAGCUCUCGUUGUGCAGCAACGGCACCAGCUACACGAAAAAGGUCUCCGACUCGUUGCGCAAAAGCUUUAGGGCCCUCAAGGCGGACAUCAUUGAGAUGCGACCGUUUGCCAAGAAGUCGGCCAAGACGAUCGAAGGAUCAUCACCCAGAUCAUCGGUCCAGACCAAUGGAGCCAAAUGACCUAAGUCCACGCCAGCUCACAUUUUUUCCAUCUGCAAUUCCGAAACUGCAAUGUAAAUAUGUUUUUGCUUCCUCACAUUUCUUGUGUGUGCUACUUCCAUUCUAAUUUAAAGCAUGUAUAUAUUCCAGAGUGAUUAAAAGUAUAUCAAAUAAAAAUAGCUUCAAAAUUGG